AUGCAAGCUUGUGGCACCGCUUGGUGCCAGCUGCUGCUCAAACUCGGCUCGGCGUCGCUCCUGUGGGUUUCCCUUCAGCCCUGCAAAGAUCCGACUCAGCACUGCCUUGCGGUUGUCGCGUCCUUCCGGCCCAGCACCUUAGAGAGAUACCUCCGCGUUGCCGCGGCCUGGGUCCUCUUCCUGGAAUGCUCUGGCGUAACGCUUGCGUCGGUCACGCUCCCUUUGCUCCUUGACUUCCUCGCCGCAGCACGGGCCUCGCACAGCCAAGAUCGAGAGGUACACCAAACCUCGGCCGCAUCUUCCGUAAAAGCCCUUCGCUGGGUGGUCAAGUGCGCCCAGUGGCACAGCCUUGCCGUUGUCAUGGACAGCCCGGUUAUCCGAGCCUACUCCCUGCGAGGCACUGCUAAGGACCGGCGCGAAGCCCUGCCUAUUCCCUGGGCCCUUAUCUCGGCAUGGGAAUUUCAUGUAUGCACCACGGGUGCUCCCCUCACCACCAAGCUCAUCUUGGGCGCCAUUCUUUUGGCUGUGCACGGGUGUCUCCGCUUCGGGGACCUGCAACGCAUUGAUUUUGAGUCGCUCUCGCUGAGCUGCACAGCCUUGCACGGAAUAUGCUAUGCAACGAAAACGAUUGAUAAGGGACAACCAUUUGCGGUGACGUUGGCUGGCCUCACGGGCCGCAGCGCAGCAUCCUGCUGGGUCUUGCAUUGGUUGUACGCAAUGCGCUCGGCCAUCGAUUCCCUGUGGAGCCCGGGCGACGUGGUGGACUUCGCUUGGCUCAGCACUGCCCCGGAGAUGAAUUCGAUUCUGGAGCUCAGCCCGGCCUCCUACUGCACCGCUAUGCUUGCCCUGCGCUGGGCGGCGACUUUGCCCUGGCUACCGCCCGGCCAAGGGCUCACCGCUCAUGAGGCAGCACAGCUUACACUGCAUAGCAUGAAGUCUACCGGUCUUGCGUCGGCGGCCCAACUCAGACUCUGGAAGGAGCGCCGUCUAACGCACGGCCAUCACCGCGAUUCGGCCACGCUGUACUCCCGCAAUGAUGUGUUCGCAAGCUUGGAUGUGCAGCACAGCCUCAGCAACUCCAUGUGCACCGGCUGGCGGGCCGAGCGAAGCAUCGCCAGGGGCGGCCAGGCACCGAUACCAGAGCCUCCCUUUGCACUGCCGCCUGGCCCCGUCUUGCAAGAACUGCCAGAUCAAGACCUGCUAGACCCUCGUUGGGCUUUCUUCGUCACGAGGCACGAACAUUUGCUUGCAGCAUCAGCGGCCAUGAAUGGUGCACCAACAGCGCCGGACCCGCCGAGCCCGGAUGUCAUCGCGGACUUCACGCAAAGCAAAGCCGCCUCCGCUCCGUUCGAUCCUGCCAAGCACCGGGAUGACUCCCUUCUUUCACCGCCGGCUGCACCCGGUCUGGAUGCGGACCCGAUAGAGGAUUUCCCUGACGAGGAAGCGGCAAUGGUCGCACGCGCAGCGGCGCUGCACGCAGAUGACGCCAGCUCAGCCGAGUCGUCCGUCUCUUCGGACCAAGAGACCGAGCACCGCGUGCCUCUAGUGAUAGGUGGUGAUCGGCGCUUCGCUUGCACGGGCCCCUGGGGCAAAUGGCGCCGCGUGGCAACGCCCCUGGAGGGCGUCCCGUUGCGCACUGCUUGCGGCAUCCGCCUGGGCGUGGUCAUCAUGCUCCUCGUCUUUUUCCAGUGCCCUGCGGGCAUUGGGUUUUUUGGCAUCUUGCUCAGUUGGCACCUGUUGCCUUGCGCUGAUGUGUUCUUGCUCGCCGCAGCCGUUUUUGACGACUCUCGAUCCAUUAACUCAUGGGCUGAACACGCACCGCCCCGUCUGGACAGCGCCAUCAUUGCCAAGCUGGUCGCAGAUUUUGAGACCAAUUAUCCUGGUAAAUACCUCGACAGCGACGCGAUGCCUAGCGUGCGUCUACUAAGCCUCGUGCACAAGUGGUUCACGCCCGGCAAUCGCAUAGCCUGGAUUCCGUGGCAACUGCGCUUGUCCCAAAAGCAAUAUCAAGAGAUCAUGGAAUCGAAGUCCAGCAAAAUGCUCCGCACAGAAGCACAGUUCCUGAGCACUGCCCUGUUCGACGAGACGCCUGAGCUGCCCGUGGACCACUUGCGCUUGAGCCCUGCAUGGCUCAGCCGCAUCCAGGCCGUUUUCCGUAAUGCGAUUGCACUCUGCAAAGGGGCGCACCUUGCCCGCAUCAAGGCUCAACAGUGUGCGCAAAAGUUUGUGCUGUGGUUUUAUGGUAGCGGAGCUACCAAAGCUCCAGGGGACCGAACACCGAUCCGGGUAGAGCCCUGUAGUUGUAGUGUCGAAGAGCCCACCUUUGGUGGCAUAGCCCUCGCGUGCGUGUGUGGCGCUGCUUGGCUUGUGAACGAGCUCUUUUACGACCGCCGCUGCGUGAGUGGCGGCCAGUUCUUGAACUUCGAGGUGAACCGCUGCUUGGUGGUGCGAGGCCUACUCUGGCAGGAGUGUUGA